AAGGAUCCCAACCUCUCCAAUGGAGCUUGGGGGCGCGAGGUGAACGAUGCUCGGCGCUCGGCAGGUCUCCCGACUGGCCUCCCAAGUUCAGUGAGACGUCGGCCCCGUCGUGGUGUUGCGCGCACGCGGCGGCGCCUCCCGGGGGAAGGUUUCUAUGCGCGCCGGCGAGAGAGGGGCGAGGAGUUAUGACCGCGCGCCCGAACGGGAGCAGCGAGCUCGCGAGGCGCACCACCGCCAGUCCUCAGGAACGAUGAACUGCAAUGGGGGAUCGUCCGUGGCCGGCGAGGCGCGCAGGGCGGCCGCUGCCGCGGACAGCAGACCGAUCGUCACCUGUGCCGGAGAUGAAAACUUGUUGUCUACGUUGGAAAAGAGUCUAUGCCAAGCUAUACCCGCGGACGCGGUGGAGUGGCGCAGGUCGUUCAGCAGGCCGAUCAAGCAAGUCAAACUUGGGGCUACCUUCGUGCCAUUUUCCAGGGACAUUCUGCCCACUGACAAAGAUUGGCAUCUGAUAAAGCAGCCGAUCUUCCACAUUUAUUGGACGGAAUGUUCUGAUGUUGAUACUUAUAAGACUAGUAUCAGAGAUGAUAUCGACGCCUGGUUAAAAAUACUGAAUUUAUAUCACAUUCAAGAUUGGAUGAUUGUGCUGGUAGAAACGUACGAUGUAAAGAAGGCCAAUAAGCUGUUGCCCAGGACUACCGUCUUAGAUAAAAUACGUAGCGACUUCGCCGCCAAGAAUGGCGACAGAUGCUUCGCUGUAAUUAAUCCAAUUAAAUCUGAAUCUCGUUCCGCGGAAUCUUGGAGAGGCCUGAUAACUCGCAUUCGUCACUUGAUGUUGACCGCAUACGACAGGACCCUGUCGCGCUUCGAAGAUAUUAUACGCGAGCAGAGAGAGAGGCGGAACAAUCCUAAUUGGAACUUCUGCCAUUAUUUUCUUCUACAGGAAGAACUGGCGUUUGCGUUGCAAAUGCUGGGUUUGUACGACGAGGCAUUGGUGCAGUAUGACGAACUAGAUGCUCUCUUUACGCAGUUUGUGCUCAAUUCUAAUGUAGGAGAUAAAUUGCUUCUAGAUACUCCAGGAUGGUUAAGUCUGUUUCAAACGCCUCUCAACAAUUGGGGAGGUGUGAAUUUAAAUAACGGCACGAACCAUCAUCUAAGGUUUCUUUUGGCUGAAUGUAGAGCAUCUUUAUUAGAUCUUAGGAGUUACUUGUUCAGUAGACAAUGUGCCAUGCUACUCCUGUUUAAUAAACCUUGGGAGGUUGCACAAAGGUGCUUAUCAUUCGUUCAUAAUACAUUGAGCGAACUAAGAAUCUUAGAAGUACAGAAACCUGAAGGAUCGGUAGAAUGCUGGUCAUUCCUCUGUGCGUUAGAGGUCUUGCAAGCAUGUCAAUUGUCCACCAACAAUAUUGAUAACAAUCAACAGUUGGACUUGUGCUCUUUGCAUACCGCUAGCUUGUGGGCGCUUGCAAGGGACAAGUUAGGAAGCUUGGGAAAAUUGUGCGGCCUAAUGCCGGGAAGUGAACCGACUAGUGAACAGUUGCACACAGUUGUGUACCUUAUAGCAGGAAUAGGAGAUUCGGAGCCGCAGGUAGAGGGGAAGCUGACUCCUACAGACAAGUUGAAAGAGGCACUUUCAUCCAAAGAAGCGUUCAAGAAACAGUACCUGGAGCAUGCGGAACUAGCUAUGGGCACGUACAAGCAUGUCGGUCGCAUUCGAUCAGCCAGGUUAAUCGGCAAAGAACUGGCACGAUUCUACAGCGAACUCGGAGAGAAUCAGAAGGCGGUAGCGUUUUUGUCUGACGCUUUGAAAACUUACAUGGACGAAGGAUGGAAUUACUUGGCUGUGCAAACACAGUUGGAGCUAGCCGAGUGUUACAAACGGAUGGACGACGUCGAAAAGUAUACGAAAGUGUGCGCGGCAGUAGCUAGCGCGAGUCUUUUGCAUAUAACCGUGCGCAACACGUAUUUGGAAGAGAUGUUAGGGUAUAUGAAAAUGAUCUCGUCGCCUCAACCAUUACUCGCGGAACUCGGAUGUGCUUUUACAAUACUCAGUAUGGAAGCUAAAGUAAUGGACAAAAUAGUACAAGACUGUGUAGUUAACGUCGAAAUCAGUGUACAGAGUUUGUUUCCUCGGGAAGUAAGAUGCACCAGCGCCGCUAUCUCCGUGGAGGAGAUACAGAAGCCAUCCAUACCUAAUAAGAAGAAAGGAUUGAAAUCGUCUGUUGAGUCUCCAGUACAAUUGUUGUCAAAGUGCACAUUAGAAGAUAUGAAACUACUUGAUCUCAGUUUGUUACGUUUGCAAGUAUAUUCUUAUUUGGACUACAAGGAAGACAGAAGUCUUGGCUCUGCUAGCGUUAUUAAUAAAAAUACGAAGCCGCUCGUGAGACGUUCAGAUAGCGCGAAACAUAGAAAACCUUCAAUUAAUACAAAGGGCGAUUUUAGCAAAGCACUCUCCUGUGAUGAAUUCAUUAUGAAACCCGGUAUAAAUACGUUUGUCCUAACAAGACGAGUAAAUCAACCGGGUUUAUACAAAGUUAGCCAGUUAUCAUUGGUGAUAGAAGAGAAAUUAGAGUUUUUAUCACCUGUACUGAAUCCACGAUUAUGCUACGAAGUAGCAAAGACGCAGCCAACGAUAUCCGUAAAUUGUGGCAGAGAUUUACUGGCAGGUCUUACUCAAGAUAUUGAAUUAGUUAUCUCGAGCGGAAGUACAAAGAUAACCGAAGAAAUGAAAUUAAAACUACGCACAUCACGCGGAUUGACAGUGCAAUCACAAAGUGUUGAAAAAGUAAUGGUGAAGGAGCUAGAGAUACCACUGCCAACGUGCGAACCAUUUCAAACUAUAAAAGUGCAGUUAAAAAUUUUAGCUGAAUUACCACCAAAAAAGGAUGCUUCAUCUAUGGAACAUAAACUGAAUAUACAAUGUCCAUGGGGUUCGGAAGAAAGCAUACCUCUGCAUUUUGGUCCACCAUUGAUGUCGAGUAUGAAACUUCAUACAGCAAAACAGAGGAAAUUCAUUCAAAUUGUCGUGACUGGUUUAACAAGUCAACUUCUACAAUUAACCGAACCUGAAUUAAUGACAAUUUCGUCAAUAGACAUUAACUUUAAAAGUUUGAAUCCCGUCGCGGGUCAAAAAUUAGUGAUAGGCAAUGGAAUGAACGUUUCCUUUAUGUGGGAAUUUGAGAUUGGAAAAGAUGAGAAAUCCACGAUACCAAUAAAGACUGACUUUCGUGUAAAAUAUAUAUCAGUUAAUGACACUGAAGAAUUAAAUAAUACACAUGUUGAUGAUGACCCACUACAUAUACACAAUCUAGAGAGAAUGGAGAAAGCAUGUAGUGUUUACAGGUGCAACUUUGAUAUUACAGAUUAUGUGACUUUAUUCACAGUAUCCUCGAAAGUUGAAACAAGUGGUGGUGGAGGGGAAUUUUGUCGUGCUGGUAGUAUGUGCCACUUGUGUCUUACAGUGAUGCGCAUGCCUAGUCUUAGUCCAAAUUCUCCACCACAGUUAAUGUACGAGGUUCUGGCGGACCAAACUAUGUGGGCGGUGUGUGGUCGGACAGCAGGCAUUGUAUCGUUAGAAAUAGUAGAGAGACAAAGCGUUACAUUAGAUGUGAUGCCUCUGACAAGUGGUUAUUUGCCUCUUCCAGUUGUUAGAUUAUCUCGAUAUAUACCAGCAACAGAAUCGAAAAAUGAUAUCAUCCGUAACAAAAAUGAUUUAGGAUCUGGUCCUCGAUUAGAGCCAUUUAGUCCGGGACAAGUGUAUAAUGCCAGUAAAGCACAACAGGUGCAUGUUCUGCCAGCAGCUCCAUCAGAAUCGAAUUGAAAAUGUAUAAAUUGUUAAAAAUAUGUACAUGUUCUUUGAUUUCAUAUAACAAGUCAUGAACAUCUUUAUUUAGGGAGAACCUUAGGAAAUAAUCGCAAGUUGUUUCUUUUUGUAUGAAAAUGGACGAGUAUAUAAAUAUCAUAUUUUAAAUUCGUACAAUAGAUAAGGAUUAUGUUACAUUAUAUAAAUUAAUAUUUUGAAAUAAGCAAAUCGGCAUUGAAUAUAGUUUAAUAUUUAUUUUUAUUGCUGUAAGACAGUUUACUUCAAUUCUCUAUUACCAAAGCCAUUUAUCUUUCAAAAAACUUGAAUUUUUUGAUUAAUAAUUAUGUUAAUGAUGCCAUAAAAAAUUUCUUUAAAAAUUACAAAUUCUAAAGCUUCUAGCUUUUACUAAAUAUACGUUCUGUAUAGAAACCUUGUGUUUAAUGUACAUAAUUAUCACAUUUUAUAGUUCAAUUACAUUUCACCAGAAAGAAAUCGUGUUAUUGUAAUAAUCCGAGAUAUCUAUGUUAUACUGAGAAUAAUACCAGAAAAUAUUCUACUUCUCCGUGGUUUUUAAUGAUUCAGUUAUGAUAAAUGUGAAGGAAGCUUGCUGUCCUAAAUUAUGUACUUAUAUACUUUUGUCAUUUUACGUUAUGUUUACAAUGUUUCCGUUCAUUUGUUCUCUCUUUUUCAAUUUCACAUUAAUUCACAAUUUGUUGCUCUAUCCAAAUCCUGUUCUGCUGUUUCUUAUUUCGUAUAAAAUAUUUUCAUCUUUUAUGCCAUCUUAAUAUCUUAAGAAGGAUGGUAAUAUAAGAAUUUUUUUAUAUGAAAUAUAAACAUAUGUAAAAUUUGUACAAAUGUUUGUUAGCGACAUAUACUCAUAAGCUUGUGAAUAAAUGUUACAUAUUUCUACUAAUUGUUAAAUUGUAACAUAUAGCAAUCCUUAUGGACAUAAGUUUGAUACGUAAACUAGGAAUUUAUUUGAAGCUAUGUAAAAAUAUUAUGUUCGUUUAUUAAUAUUUAUAUUUCAACUAAGAAAAUAUAUCGACAGAGGAAGAACAAUAUACAUCACUUUGUUAGCAUUUAUUCGUCAGAAUUGGAUAUUAUUGUAAAUUUUUCUUGUGUUGCCAUGUUUUCUAGAAUAUUGAAUAUUAUGAGUUUUUAUUUAUCAUUUUUAACUUUUAAAUGUAAAAUAACCGUAAAAUACUCUUGAGUAGUUAUAUCGAUAUAUUUAUUAAGUUGCAAAUAUUUUAAAACUGAUUUAUAUAAAAUUAUGUUUACCAAUCUUUUUUGCAGAAAGUGUUUCUACCAAGUAACGUAAUACACUUAUAUCAUCUAUUUAUUAUAUUUGGCAAAAAUAUCUAUUUUUAUUAUAUUUGUUGAGCCUAUAUCUAAGAUAUGUAUAUCCGUUUUUUUAUGUAAUAAUAAUAUAAUUUUUGUGGUAAUAUGUUAUACCAAAUAUUUCUAUAUAUCAAAGUUGGAGAUGCAUAGUUAAUAAAAUAUAUUUAAAUCAAAUAGUUUAUUAUAUCUAUGUGUUAUAUAUUGUGGUAGAUACAAUUUAUUUUUAUGUUUUUAAAAUAUCGUGAACAAUUUUCAGUAGUAGUAUAAGUAAACAAAA